AUGACUUACUACAUGAAAAAGCAAUGCAAAUCAAUUAGUCGCCGCAUUUCUGAAGUGCCAAAUUUGAAGACAAUAUCAGAGAGGAAGUCUUCCUUGAAAAUAUCACCUAUUGAAGAGCCAAGCCGAGACAAAACAACCCGAAAACAUCAAACAUCUCAAGACUUACAGCGUUCCCAAGAUACGACUUCUGAGAAGAUUCAGAAGACAUUCAAGAAUGUAAUCACUUCCAAGAACAAGAAUACUAACACAACAUCUCCUCCACUCCAAAAAUCCAAAGAACCAAGCUCAACCUCUUCCGAAUCUACCAUUAUCAACACAACCAUCUCCGACAUUCCCUCCACAAUAAUCUCAUCCACUAUUCCCCCCACCACCAAAUCCAACAAGAACGGCCCCGACGAAAAAUACCAAAUCAACUCUCACCUGCUCUUCGAAUCCUCUUUCCCCGGCCACACAUUCAUAUCCGUGCAUCUCCAACGCCUCCAACACGGUAUCUAUUCCGAUGCUAAUCUCCACACCAAACAUACCUUACACGUGACAUUCGUUGCUCUCAGUUUCAUAUUCCAUCCCUCUACCCCUGCGCACCGCUUCGAGAGCGCAGUAAUCGAUAUCAAAAUCCGUGAUCAAAGAGGGAAUUUGAGGUUCCUCAAAUAUGCGCCGCAUCAAGCAUAUGGAAAAAUAAGCACAGAGAGUUUGAAGUGGAAUUUUCAAUUGGGAGCUUCGCUGGGUGUGACGCAGGGACCGGCAAAUGUAUGUGUGAAGCCGAGUAUUGGCGAGGAGAAAAGUAAAGUUGUGGGGACGAUGAUGAAGAUACAAGGUUCCACACGCAGUACUUUCGAGCAUUCGAUUCGGUAUCCGGAUACACUCCUGCAUUUCUCGCUCGAGGAAAAUGCACAGCAGGAGUCGGGACUUCCGCGUGAAUUCACAUUUGUGUUUUUGCUUGAGAGACCGAGUGAGAAACAAUAUCCGCCUGUUCAUACGUUUCAUUCUUCUAGACUUCAAACACUUGAGCAUUGUAUUUCUGAGAAACUAAGGAGUAUGAGUGGGAGAGGAAGGAAAAAUGAGGAUGAAGAGGAAAAUUGUAUGGAAUAUAGAUAUGAAGAUAUAGCUGGGGAGAAAAGAACACCGAGAUUGGAGGUUGAGAGAUUAGAUGGGGAUUUCGAAAAGAUAUUUGGGGAAGUAGAAUUUGAAAUUGGGAUUGAACCUAAAAUAUCCAACACCCUCGCCCUCCCCUCUCUAUCCUCCUCCCUUCCUACAAUCCCCCGCACAGGCGGUUCUAUCCACAACAGCGCAGCACAUACCGAAACUGCAAGAGUCCUCGGAGAAGUAGGUCAAAAAUUUCCCACAGAGGGAACACUCGAUAGUAUGGGAAAAGUUGAGCAUGAAGAGGCGAUUGUGCAUGGACUGUAUAAUUUUGCAAAGUUGGAAGGGGCGUUUGAGGAACAGGUUAGCUUGCCGGGGGAGAGUGUAGGGAGUAGAGUGCCAGAGUUGGGUGGUGGGGGUACUGCGGGUGGAAAAUAG